AGGGCAAAGUAUUCGAUGUUGUGGUGUGAACAGAAAGUCCCGAAGUAACUGUUCCUCCACAGAAAGACGUUCAAGAGCUCAGCAGAGCUUCAGUCGUUGUUUUAUUAUUUUCUUGGUGAUCUUGUUGUGAGUGCGUGUGGGGAAGAAAAUGCAAAUAAAAGUGGAUGUAGAUAGCCCGGAAGGGAUGUACUUUGCCGGAGAUAAGAUUUCCGGUGUAGUGAGCAUCAAUGUGGACAUCCCGGAAACACUGAAGGUCAUCACAGUAUCCCUCCGUGGUGUGGCUAAGAUUGCAUUCCGUGAGGGUAUUAUGGUGCCAUUCUUCUUGGCCUCCAACAAUGUCUACUACGACCAACAGACGGUGAUCUCCCGCGAAAUAAUUGUCUUUGCUAAUGCCAGCAUGUGCCAAAUUAUGGAAAAGGGCUCAUACACAUUUAGCUUCAGUUUCCUCCUUCCCAAUUCCAUGGUGACAUCCUUCAGUGCCUCCCAUGGGCAUGUCACGUAUCACAUUGAAGCAGUUGUCCGGAAGCGCUUCUUCACCCAACGCAUCCGACGGGAAUUGCGGAUCUAUCAAUUCAAUGAGGACACACCUCAACUAUCAUAUCGGCCCUUGUCCGUGGAGAAGGUCAUCCUACCGCGAAUUUCAUGCUUCUUCCCGCUUUUCUUCACGCGCCACGAUGCAAGGGCACGAUGCCAGAUUCAUAUUCCCAGAAUCUCCUUCUAUGCCGGAGAAGUAAUUCAAGUUAAUAUUUCUCUGCCGGACUACCAAGCGACCAAUACCAAAUCAGCCACAAUGAUCUCUGAACUUCUUCAGGAAUUCUCAUUCCAAGGGGGGCUCUACAAUCAACGCAUUGUGGAGCCCCGCAAGGCGAUUGUGAGUGAGAAAACUCAAGGAAUUAAUGCAAAUCACCAACUUAUUGUACCCAUUUGCCCCCGUACUGGACCACUCUAUCGUCGUGCUCGUGUCAAUUACUACCUGAGCGUCAGGGUUGUGAUGAUGUGUCGUAACUACGAACUCAUCCUGCCCGUCACCAUAUCAGGCCCACUGAAUGAUAUGAGUAGAAAAUGGAAAUCUCACUAUUCCCACUCAUCGGUAUCUUCGGAAACGGAUCUAACGACCGAGGAGACACUGAGGGAUCAGCAACGUCGUGCAAAUCAUUUGCUGCGCUUCCUAAAUCUCAGAGGGGAAUUCACAACGUCCAUUGAUGCCCUAAAUAUCCCCGAAGCUGUACCCGAAGUCGAUGAGGAGAGCGACGAAGUGGCCAUGAUGUUAGAAAUUGAGGAGACACCCGAUAUCUUUGCCACAGCCAUCAUGGAUAGUACUCACCUGGACAAUCUGGAAGCCAAGGAGGAAGACAGCGAAUGAUUUUACCACCCACAUUGCAAAAAUGUUUUGUCCACUGCCUCCAAAAGGUAUCUCUCAACUGAAUUUCUUGUGAUUUUCUCAUUUUUUUUAUCAUCACACAGCUGAAGAUUACGUACACACACGGGGAUUAAAAUUGAUAAAGAGUUCGUUUAAUUUUAAGAGCUGAUAUUUUUCAAAGAAAAAAUCCUUAUUUUUGCAGUUGGAACAUUUAUUUUAAUAAAAACAUACAAAAUCGUUAUAAAAGUUUGUGGAAAGUUUUAAAAAUAAAAGUUUUUUUUCUUAUGGGUCAAAA